ACACAUGGUUACCAUCACCGAGUGAUCACUUGUUCGAUUCGAGCGUGAAUCACUCUUGACGUACAGUCGAGUUUUCCAGUAUUAGCUUGAAAUGGGAAUAAACUGUCAUCAACUAGGUUUUUCAAAGGAGAGGUAUUUUGCAACAAGGCAAGAUAAUCUAUGUUAAACUGUUCGAAACCUAACACCGCCACUUAUUUGACUGCAGUAUUCUGACCGGAAGGUGCAAGCAGGAGUAAUUAUUGUACCAAAGUGACUUGGCAGUUCCUUGUAGUAUGGAUCCUCAACGAAAAAGACUUCAGCACAAGGAUACCUUGAACUGGAGGACUCCUCCAAGUAUUUCUCCGCCAAGUCCAUGCGGACCUUCCUCGCCUCAAUCGCCUCCUCCACUGGUAGUGAGAGGCAAGAGUCUUUCGCUAAAUAGGGUUGGCGCUCCCGCGCUAUUACCAAUCCGCGAAACCCCGGCUAAGGAAUUAUCUAAAAGAGGCCGAAAACAAAGACUUUUGCUCUCCCAAGCAGGGAACCUCGCUUUGAAACGAAGGGAGACGUCUCCAGACUUUAACAAACUUGAAGCUCGACUGAAACCUAAGCGAGGUCCUUUGCCAAUGAGAAUGAGAGCAUUACCUCAGUCAUUCUGGCAAGAACCAAAGAACAUUCAGAACAGCUCAAUGAGCACAGAAGGAACACUAUCAUCAUUACCACCAUUAUUUCACAAUGCCAACAAUACAAGUUAUGAUGUUAGUAAAGUAAGACCAGUGACUCCUCCAGAGGAGAAGUGUUUGCCAAGACCUCCAAAGGAACCAAAACUUGUAAUAACUUCUCCACAAGAGCAGCUGUUAAAACUAUUUGAGACAGUAGAGGAGGACAAGACUAAGAAAUUUGUGAUCAGAAGAGGAAGACCUAGAAGAGUACAAUCUGAUUUAACACCAUGCCAACUUCCAAAAUUGGAAGAGGACCCAUGCAUGAUGACCAGCCUGGCAGAAAAGUUGUUUCCUCAGCUUUCCCUUGAAAACAACAAGCAGACACCAGGAGCAAACACAUCACUCUCUUGUGUGUCAGUCCAUGAUGGUGACAAGUCUGUAACACUACCUUCCUUGAAUGUUGAGCAGAAUUACUCUCAGAUGUUAUCUGAAAUUGUGGCUCACUUUUGAAAGUUAACAUGGAGAGCUAAGAGAGUGUUAAUCAGUUUAGAUCACAUUAAGAUCUGGAUUUGGAGCUCAUUGUUCAGUUCAGCAAGAAGUAAGGUACCCAAAACUCUUAUACAAAAGGUUGACUGACAGUAGACACCUGGAGGGUCUUUUAACAGGGAUUCUGAUCAAUAGUUAUAACAGUAGAGAGAGGUAUGGGUGCAGUAUCCCUGAGGAGUAAACUCGAGAACAUUUGGUACUAAAGGAAGUAAAAGAAAUUUAAGCUGUAUACAAAGAUGCUAUUUCCAUCAACCAAAUCCCUACAUUUGUGUACCUGAAAGUUUUCACACAGGCAAAUCUCUUGUUAUAUACAGGAAAGUGCUUAAUUGAUAACAAGGACUGAACAUAUGGUGUGCUUUUGUAACCAUGUUAAACAUAACAAUGGUUAAAAUAGUAUAUUAAAUUUAACUUAGAUAAAUGGGGACAAAUAGUGACCUAUUUUUAAAUUGCUGAACAUCAGGAUUCAACUUAUUUAUUUUCGUGGGAAAAAGACACUGGUAGACUGUCAAUACACACCAGCCAAAAGCAAUAAUUCCUAAACAGUUGAAAAAUGAUGUCCAACAAAUUCUGAGCAGUAGGGUGGUUAACUAUAUGUAUUGAAUAAAUUUAGUGCUACAAUUCCUUAAGGGUUCUUCAAAGUUUGAUGAGAAAAUCAUCCUUUUGUCAGAAUAAAAAAAAAGACAAUUUGUUUAAGUGAUAAGGUAAAUAUUUCAAUCAAUUAUAAUAUCCAAAAUAUCCCAUCAUGUUCGCUGAGAUUGGAAGAACAAUACAUUCUGAGUUUACAAUAACGUAACACAAAACAUAUACCAGCAAUAUCCCACAUUAUGCAAUGAGAAUAAACAAUUCAAGUGAAUUGCUUUUGUUCAUAUCCAAUGGAUAAAGAUUAGCAUCAGAGAUCUCCUCUGAAAAAUUAUGAGUGUUCUUCAUUUUAUUUUGAACAAAAACAAAUAGUUAUUAGAUGACUACAUUUAUUUUUUACUAAAAUUGAUGUUCCAUAUGCUCUUAAGAUAAGUUUAAUAAGAAGCAUUAUGUUGCACAAGAAAAAAGAAUUUCUACUACUGCCAAACAAAUAAAAUUUCUGCUGGUGCACUUCAGUCUCUCAAUAUUAAAGUAUAGUAGAACUUUUCUAACUUGAUCUCCAAAGGGAAACAAGAAAUGGAUUGAGUCAGCUGAUAGUUAAUGCUUGGAAAAAUGGGUCAAGGGAAAUCAGAUCUUGUUCGAGUUACCAAGAGGUUGAGUCAACUGAGUUUGAAAUAGUGGGGUUCCCCGUUAAUCUUAUCAUCAAUUAAUCAGUUACUUUUAAAAGCGUGACUUAUUUCGUGCCUUAACCAGAUUGAUAAUUUUUGUUCCAUAAGAAAAAGCUAUGUUAUUAGAUUUAUUUAAAUAAUUUCCACUCAAAGGGUUAAUGAAUUGAAGUUAGUUAACCAUGCAAAUAUUACUAGCUACUCCCAGUGGUGUAAAAUGAUAUAUUAGGGUGGGAUAGAAGAGUGGGGUGGCUGUAGAAGUUGUUGUAUAUAUAAAUAUAGUAAAUACUACUAAAUAUGUUUGUAAAUAAAGAAAUACUCUUCCCUCAA